UGCUGCAGGUGUGAUGGACAGGUAGCAGAAGAUUUCACUUUGAUAUCAGGGAAUCAGAAUGACCGAGUGCUUCCUGCCUCCCACUAGCAGCCCCAGUGAACACCGUCGGGUAGAACACAGUGGGGGUCUUGCUCGUACUCCCAGCUCUGAAGAAAUCAGUCCUACAAAAUUCCCUGGAUUGUACCGCACCGGUGAGCCUUCACCUCCUCAUGACAGCUUGCACGAGCCUCCAGACAUAGUAUCUGAUGAUGAAAAGGAGCACGGGAAGAAGAAAGGAAAAUUCAAGAAGAAAGAAAAAAGAACGGAAGGUUACGCUGCGUUUCAAGAGGACAGUUCUGGUGAUGAAGCUGAAAGUCCUUCCAAGUUGAAGAGGUCCAAGGGAAUACAUGUCUUCAAGAAACCCAGCUUUUCCAAAAAAAAGGAAAAGGAUUUUAAAAUAAAAGAGAAACCCAAAGAUGAAAAACACAAGGAAGAGAAACAUAAGGAAGAUAAACAUAAGGAGAAGAAGUCAAAAGACUUAACUGCAGCAGAUGUUGUGAAACAGUGGAAAGAGAAGAAGAAAAAGAAAAAGCCAAUUCAGGAGACAGAGAUACCUCAAGUGGAUGUUCCAAGUCAUAGACCCGUGUUUGGUAUUCCUUUGUCUGAUGCAGUAGAUAGGACCAUGAUGUAUGAUGGCAUCCGCCUGCCAGCAGUUUUCCGUGAAUGUAUAGAUUAUGUAGAGAAGUAUGGCAUGAAAUGUGAAGGCAUCUACAGAGUUUCAGGAAUAAAAUCGAAAGUUGAUGAGCUAAAAGCAGCCUAUGAUCGAGAAGAAUCUCCCAACCUGGAAGAAUAUGAGCCCAAUACAGUAGCCAGCUUGCUGAAACAGUACCUGCGAGAACUGCCUGAAAAUUUGCUUACCAAAGAGCUCAUGCCCCGCUUUGAAGAUGCUUGUGGAAAGAGCACAGAAGCUGAGAAAGUGCAGGAGUGCCAGAGGUUGCUGAAGGAGCUGCCAGAGUGUAACCAUCUCCUUAUUUCUUGGCUGAUUGUGCAUAUGGACCAUGUUAUUGCAAAGGAACUGGAAACAAAGAUGAACAUCCAGAAUAUUUCUAUAGUGCUCAGCCCUACUGUCCAGAUCAGCAACCGUGUCCUGUAUGUAUUUUUUACACAUGUUCAAGAGUUCUUUGGGAAUGUGACCCUAAAGCAGGUGACAAAACCUCUUCGUUGGUCAAAUAUGGCAACAAUGCCAGCACUUCCAGAAACACAAGAAAGCAUCAAAGAAGAAAUCAGGCGACAGGAGUUCCUACUGAACUGUUUACACAGAGACUUGCAGGCAGGGAUAAAAGACUUAUCCAAAGAAGAGAGACUCUGGGAGGUGCAAAGAAUUUUAACGGCUCUUAAGAGGAAACUAAGAGAAGCUAAGAGACAGGAGUGUGAAACAAAAAUUGCACAAGAAAUUGCUAGCCUUUCAAAGGAGGAUGUCUCCAAAGAAGAAAUGAAUGAGAACGAAGAAGUUAUAAAUAUUCUGCUUGCUCAGGAGAACGAGAUUUUAACAGAACAAGAAGAACUGCUGGCCAUGGAGCAGUUUCUGAGGAGACAGAUUGCCUCGGAGAAGGAAGAAAUAGAUCGGCUCCGAGCAGAAAUAGCUGAAAUACAAAGUCGCCAGCAGCAUGGCCGAAGUGAAACUGAGGAAUACUCUUCUGAGAGUGAAAGUGAGAGUGAAGAUGAGGAGGAACUGCAGGUCAUCCUGGAAGAUUUGCAGAGGCAGAAUGAGGAACUGGAGAUAAAGAACAAUCACCUGAACCAAGCGAUUCACGAGGAGCGAGAGGCCAUCAUAGAGCUGCGAGUGCAGCUCCGGCUGCUGCAGCGGGCGAAGUCGGAGCAGCAGGUGCAGGAAGAAGAGGAGCCAGAAAAACGCGGGAAUGUUUCUCAGCAGCAAAGAGACAGUGUCCUGGAGACAAAAGCAGCCAAAGAGCAGCCAAAAGCAAGCAAGGAGCAGCAAGUCAAGCCAUCGCCAAGUAAAGAUAGGAAAGAAACUCCGAUUUGAUCUGGCUCCUUGGAUAUGCAUAAAAACAACUGAACUGUGCAAAUUACUGUAAUUUGAGUCAAACUGCACAAAUUAUUGCUGGCUGUGUACAUUCUGUAAAGAAACUUUUAUUUUAAGCCCUGGAGACUUUUGUCUCUAAUACUUGUGGCUUCUGCUCAUCAGACUCAGGUGAGUUUGGAGAGGCCAGAAGAGUUUUCCAGUUAGUAUCAGAUUAUUUCAAGACUGGUUUCCUUCAGGUGAUUUAAAAUAAUUCAAUAACAGUUUUAUUUUAGACCAAAAUCAUUAUUUACAUCCAUUGGAGCAGAAUCGGAAGGUCUCAUUUUCAGUAAAUAAAAAAGAAACCCACCCACACUUACUAAUGAUUUGCCUUGUGAAUCUGUUCAUCCUCAUUCACCAUUAUUUCUGCUUAUUAACCUUGAACCUUGCCACUUCUUGCUUGUGCCUUUGAUACCUUUCUGAUGCAGAUUAUAUACAAGGGAGCUUUAAAUUUACUCUG